UCGGCUCUACUAAUUAGUCCGUCAAUUUAAAGUAGAAAACGCGCACGGAUCGUUCGCAGCACAACAACAGCAACAAAAUAUACAGAGAAUACAUAGAUUAUAUGUAUAUACAGCUGUUCUCUAAGAUUAUUUACAUAUAAAUCAUCUAAAUCAAGGCUGCUGCCGCCAUGGUCUAUGAGACAUCAUAUGCCACCGGCCAGAAACCCUUCAGCCCGGAUCUAGAUCGUGGAAAAUGGGAAAAACCAACGGAUUUUGUAUACGCCUGCUUUGGACUCGCCCUAAAGAUGGACAUUUUUGUGGCCUCAUAUUGGUACUUCUUCGAUUUGGGCAUUUUUGGCAUGCUGCCCUACUACAUGUACAUGGUCAUCUUUUUGGUGCCGAUUCUGGUGAUACAUUCCUUCAUGGGACAAUUUUCCAGCAGCGGCUUUAUAUCAGCAUUUCGUGUGUCGCCGUUUUUCAAGGGCAUGGGCUAUGUCAGCACUUUGCUCACCAUCUCCAUGCUCAUCUACUACGGCAUCUUUGCGGCUGUACCACUUUUGUUUAUCAUCAACUCCAUUCGUCCCACGCUGCCAUGGAGCUGUGAGGGCAUAAAGUCCUGGCACAACGAAUCCAGCGAUCAGUUGACUAUUUGCAAUCAUACAAAAGCCGAUGGGGACUUAAUUAAUUUUAGCGACAACGAAACGAGCGACUUCAAGCUACUUCAUGUGCCAUCGGUGCUCUACUUCCAAAACCAUUUUAGCCUGAAUGAGGUGUAUCGAUUUGCGGAUCUGGGCCAGGACUACGAGCUGUCGUGGCAUUUUGUGGGCCUCUUUAUAGUGGUCUGGUCCAUCAUUGGCUUUAUUUUUUACAAGUUCUCGGAGACGGCCAAGUUUGGCUGGCUGCUGCGGCACAUGGUCCUGGUGACACUGGCCCUUUUGGGUGUGUGCUUUGUGCGUUUCCUCUUUCUGCCUGGCUCCAUCGGUGGACUUAUGAAUUAUCUGACGCCGCGAUUGGAUGACUUGAUAAUGGGCAGCGGCUCUACCUUUAUUAUGGUGCUGCAGGCCUUCGGCGCCGGCUGGGGCAGUGUGAUGGCCCUCUCCAGCUUCAAUGGCUUCAAGGCCAACAUUAUGUCCUACUGUUGGAUCAUUUCCUUUGGCCAGAUACUCAUUUACAUAUUCUUUGGUUUGGUUACCUUCAUGCUGGAACGUUACUACGAAGAACAAAGAACCGACAGCUUCAAUAGCCAUGUGCUAACCCAUUGGCUGUUGUUCCUGUCGAGUGCGAGCGCCUUGGCCAGCCUGGAGUGGCCCAACAUGUGGACUGUGAUAUACUACACGAUGCUCCUGCUGGCUUCACUCAUUGUGAUGACCACACAAAUAUUCACUGUACUUGCGAGUGUCUUCGAUGAGUUCGAGGGCCUGCGAAAGCACAAACAGCAAGUGACCUUUGGCCUGAUUGCCGGUCUGGCUCUCUGUUCUUUCUUCUUUUGCACGAAUCAUGGCAUUGCGUACUUCUCGGCUUUGGCCAUGGAUGCCAUUUGGUCGCAUAGCCUUUUGCAUUUGCUGCUGCUGCUGGUGGUGCUGUGGAUCUAUGGCCGGGAACGCUUUCAGCGGGACAUUGAGUUCAUGUUGGGCCAGCCCUUUGCCUCCUGGAAGGUCUUCAUACUCCGCUUCAUAGCGCCGCUCAUACUGAUACUUUCGCUGCUAAUGGGCCUUGUUGUGGCCAUCAUGGAGCACUCUUUUUUCUCGUUUAUUGUUUUGGUGCUUUCUGUUUUCCUGGUGGUGUUGCCAUUGCUGGCCAUACCCGGCUACGGCCUGUACCACAUGUACCAGAGCACGGGCGGCUGCUGGGAGCGUUUCCGCCGGAGUUGUCGCCCCACCGAUUGGUAUCCCGUGGACAUGGAGCAUCGACAGCAGUACGAGGAGGCUGUGGGCAAUACCGAUGUCACCCAUCAGCUGUUCGAGGUCACCGAGGAGGUCAAUUAAUGGCGAAUGCUUUAAAUAUAAAUCAGAUUUUAUUGGCA